ACAACUGAGGUACCUACGACACUACCGCCGACAACGUCAGUGACAACUGAGUUACCUACCACACUACCUUCGACAACGUCAUUAACAACUGAGGAACCUACGACACUACGAAUAACAACUGAGGAACAUACAACACUAUCGCCGACAACGUUAGUGACAACUGAGGAAGUUCUAACAACAGCGCUCUUAACAACACCAAAUCCUUGUCCUGAUGGUCAAGUUAUAUGCGGUGAAUCAGACAUGUGUAUCGAUGAGGGAUUUCUGUGUGAUGGGUUUCCCGAUUGUGACAACCUCUAUGAUGAGUCAGCUGAUACAUGCAAUGUCACGUGCCCGCCCUCAUACUUUAGAUGUCCAUUUGGCCUAUGUACAUAUGAUGAAUACACUUGCGACGAGUAUCCGUACGAUUGUCUUGAUAACUAUGACGAAUCUCCAGAACUCUGUGAAGGAAAGUGUCCAGUACCCGACGCACCAGAAAAUGGUGAUCUACUCGAAUCAUUUGCCUACACAUUCUAUCGGAACGGAACGACUGUGGACUUUGUUUGUAACGACGGAUACACUUUGCAGGGAUCCAAAUCGAGUACCUGCUUUGACGGAACAUUUUUGGACAUUCCAACCUGCCAUGAAAACUGCAUUUUGCCAACUCCACCUGUGCAUGGAUAUGUAUCAGGAUCGACUGUUCACGGUGAAAACAUCACUUUCAGUUGUGAAGGUGGAUUUAGACCAGAUGUAAAUAGUAUUGUGACUGCGGUAUGUAUGGAUGGACAGUACACAACAACUACAAUCAUGUGUAGAGAUAUAAAUGAAUGUAUGGAAGAAAGUGACAGUUGUUCCGUCAAUGCUGCCUGUAUUAACAAGCUGGGCUCAUAUAGAUGCGAGUGUAACUUUGGAUAUAAAGGCGAUGGGAUUUUAUGUGAAGAUAUCGACGAGUGCGCAAAUGAUACGGACACAUGUGCGCCGUUGCCUGCAGGAUCAUGCGCAAACACAAUAGGCUCAUACAAUUGUUCCUGUAAUGAGGGAUAUCGAGGAGAUGGAGAGAUAUGUAUAGAAAUCGUGUUAUUGCCGUUUGGUGUUGAAAAUGGGGACACAAGCCUUAGGCAGGAAGUGGGUUUUGGUCGUGACGUCAUUUCACCAAACAUCGAGCCACUUACCGGUUUUCCGUUUGGAAGCACAUUCUAUUAUAACAUAUAUUUCACAGAUAACGGAGUGGUCGUAUUGUCAAGUGUCAAUGCCGAAAAGUUUUCGUAUCCUCAUCCUGUGAUCGGUGGCUUCCAGCCAAGCACUUCUGAACAGAUAAUUGCACCUUUCUGGGCUGAUGCUGACAUGUCCUUAGAGUUUGGAGGAGAUGUGUUUUAUCAGGUGUAUAGUAAGGAAAAUCCAUCGGCUGGCACAGAAGAAAUGCUGCAAACUGUUACAGACCAAAUUAGGAAUUCGCCAGUGUCAGAAGAAAAUAGUUUUGAUAAAACAGAAUUUCAGGCUGAAUGGAUGUUACUUAUUACUUGGUAUAGACUUCCACAAGUACCUGCCUUUAGUUACCAGAACCAAACAAAUACUUUCCAAGCUGUACUAGUCACGGAUGGUACAUUUGGCUUUACUCUAUUUAACUAUCAGAUUAACGAAAUGAAUUGGGAUGCAGCUGUAUUAGAUCCAAUGGAUGUUAUCAUCGGUUACAAUGCUAGAUUUAGAAGCACUAUUGACAAUGUCAACGCACAGUUAAUUUCGUCAUAUUUUCCAAACGUGUUAUCAAGGUAUCGUCCUGAUCAGAUAGAUGGAAACUCAGGCUUAAAGGCAAGGUGGAUAUAUCGUGUUGAGAGAAAUUAUCCAUGGACAGUAAACACCAGACAAUUGUGCCUCAAUUGGUAUUCAACAGAGCCCGAUCCAAGUGAAUGGGACCAUCGAUUAGGAACUUGUCCUUGCGCCUUCGGUCAAGGGAGAAGCGAUGGGGGUUUUGGAAAUGGAGUCCGUGGGAGGCAAAGGGCAAGAAGAACAACAACUGUCAGCUCCAGUCCAUUAGAUGAGAGUCUUUUGACGGAUAUUAACAACUUAGAUGGGUUGCCAUUCUGUCUUCAAACAUCAACACCAUCUCGAACUGGUGCCGGAAUAAGAUGUUGCUACCGUGGAGAUCAAUCACUCGUUGUGGGCUAUGGAAGUUUUUGGCAAAGCAGUUUUGUUGAAAGGUACCAGCCAACAAGCUUCUUCGCCUUUUUAAAUUGGAUCUUUGAAGAUCUCUUUCCGAGGUAUUAUUGCUGCACCGCAUCUCGGGAUCCAUACUUCUGCGGUCUGUUUACUGAAAAACGUCCAGCAGGCUCCUGUGAUGGUUAUCUUCCUCCGAACACAGGAUGGAUGUUUGGUGACCCCCAUAUGACCACACUCGAUGGCUAUGACUAUACAUAUAAUGGUAUUGGGGAAUACAUAUUGGAGGAGGUGAUGUUAGAGGACAAUCAACGAUUUGUUGUACAGUGUCGAAUGCAACCUCCCAUUUUACAAACUGACAGCGUAGCUGGUGCCACCGUCUUUACAUCAUUUGUAGGUGCUGUUGAUAAUGGCACUAAGGUUGAAAUGAGGAUUACGGAAAAUGCGUUGGAUUUAGAUAUACUUGUAAAUGGAACAGCUAUAAAUAAAACAGCACUUGUUGAAGAUUCAUACACGAGUGAUGAGGAUAUAUCUUUUAGUGUUCAACUUGUCGACGGAGAGUUGGCUAGCGGUGGAGCCAGGUAUUUGGCCUCUUGGUCAGAUGGCGUAUCCUUUUCAGUAGCUGUUUCCAGUGGAAUGUUGAAUAUUGUUUUCCAAGCAUCAGUGAUUUACAAGGGCAAGGCUAGAGGACUCUUAGGAGUCUGGAAUGAUAAUGUAACAGAUGAUUUUGUGGAAAGAGGUAAAGUUGAGCCACUUUCAAAAGAGGGUGAUGUAUACACUGGAGCUGAACUUUUCCAAUUUGGAAAUUCUUGGCGGAUUUCAGAAUCAGAAUCAUUAUUUACAUACAGACCAGGUGAAUCGCACGAUACAAUUAAUAACGAGACGUUUGUCCCAAAGUUCUUAGAAGAUUUAGUAGCAGAGAAUCAAGGUACAGAGUUGUACUCUAAUGCAGUUCAAACAUGUGGGGACAACUCCCAGUGCUUGUUUGAUUCUCUGGCAACAAAAGAUACCAGUACAGGUGCCAAUACGCUUGAAACUAACGACGUUAUUACAAACGAUGUACAGGAAUUAAUGAAUUUCCCGCCUAAUAUCACAUUAAUUCAAGACGCAGAUGGUGUCUUAAAUGGCAGCUAUUUCUAUGCAAUUGUUGGCGAGAAUUACACAUUUACUGUGGUUGCUACAGACGAAAACGGUGAUGAAAUUACAUUCUCUCUUCUGCAGCCCGUAGCUGGAGCAUCGGUUGAUCCAACAUCUGGGGUGCUUACGUGGACCCCACAAGAUACAACUAUGAUUAGACUUGGCGUAGUCGCAAGUGAUGGUGUAGCAAAUUCUACCAGAGAAUUCUUGACAUUGUUAUGUGACUGUAAAAAUGGUGGUACAUGUAAUUUCGGAACAGUGGAUGAUAACUCAGAUAUUUUAGAUGAAGGCUUUGCUGUAAGUCUGUCUCUUAUACAUCCAUGUACAUGUCACCCAGCAUACACUGGAAUAGAUUGCAGCCAAGAUUUUAAUGCCUGUGCUGAUGCUCCAUGCUACCCAGGCGUUCUCUGUACAGAUAAUGUAGCACCAGAUCCCAAUGCUACAUGUGCCAGCUGCCCAUCUGGCUUAGUUGGAGAUGGAUUCAAGUGUUAUGAUUAUGACGAAUGCAUGGUUAAUAAUGCGGGUUGCGACCAUUUAUGCUCCAAUACUCUGGGAGGCUUUGAGUGUAGCUGUUCUGAAGGGUAUUCACUUCAAAAUGAUUUUAUGUCAUGUAAUGACAUUAACGAAUGUCUUCAAGAAAAUGACUGCAGUGUGAAUGCGUUUUGCACAAAUGAUAUAGGAACCUACAGCUGUACAUGUAACACAGGGUAUAGUGGUGAUGGAAUAAACUGCCAAGAUAUUGACGAAUGCAUUGACAUUCCUUGUGAUCAAUUAGCAACCUGCGAAAAUGAUGAGGGCUCAUUUACAUGCACAUGUCUAAAUGGAUAUCAAGGCAAUGGCCUAGAAUGUACUGAUAUCAACGAAUGUGAAGGAAACUCAUUCAUAUGUGACGUCAACGCAGAGUGUCGCAAUACCGCUGGAUCCUAUAAAUGCGCGUGUGUUAGUGGUUAUUCCGGCAAUGGAACUUUCUGCACUAACGUGGACGAGUGUGCAAUGAUGACCCAUCAAUGUAGCAUUAGUGCUACAUGUGAAGACACAAUUGGAAGUUACAUUUGUACAUGCGAAGAUGGGUAUACAGCAACUGGAAAAGCUUGUAUUGAUAAUGAUGAAUGCCAGACCGGCGAGCAUGAUUGCUCAGUGAAUGGAUACUGUAUAAACACUAUAGGCUCGUACAUGUGUAUGUGUAAUGAUGGCUAUACCAUGAAUAAUAAUACAUGCGACGACAAAAACGAAUGCGAAUUAAGUAGUCCGUGUGAUAGCAUUGGGUCUUGUGAAAACACCGAUGGUUCCUACAUCUGCAGUUGUCCAUCCGGCUACCUAAUCAGAGACAGAGUCACAUGUGAAGAUAUCAACGAGUGCGAGAUAAAUACACAUAAUUGUUCACACGAUUGCGUGAAUACUAAUGGAAGCUUCACAUGCGCCUGCCCGGGUAGUCUUGUUUUAGAUGGAGAGUUUUGCUUGUCUGAAGGAAACUGUUCGUUGGAGUGUGAGUACGGUGCUUGCAGCACUGGUGUAAAUGGAUCAGAAUGUAUCUGUAACAUUGGCUUUGAACUAUCUAAUGGAAAUUGCACUGAUGUAGAUGAAUGCCGUGAUGACGGAAUGAAUAUGUGUGACGAACUUGCAGUGUGCAAUAAUACAAAAGGGGGCUACGAAUGCAUCUGCAAGGAAGGUUAUGAACUUUUAACAGGCACAUUUAUAUGCAAUGAUAUUAACGAGUGUAGUAGUACUACCUCUUACCCAUGCCAUGCUGAUUCGAAUUGCUUAAAUACAAUUGGAAGUUUCAACUGCACAUGCCGAUCUGGGUUCAAUGGUGAUGGCCUAAGCUGUACAGACAUUAAUGAAUGUACAAAUGAUGAAAAUAAUAAUUGUGAUCCGAAUGCUGACUGUAUCAACAACAAUGGUUCAUUUGUAUGCAAGUGCAAAUCUGGUUUCGUUGGCGUGGGAGUUACCUGUUUUGAUGUCGUCGAAUGUAAUAUUGCAGGAUCGUGUCCGGAUAAUUCGUUAUGUACCAAUACGGUGGGCUCUUUCAAUUGCACUUGCAAUGAAGGCUUUGCGUAUAACCAAACAGACGAGACGUGUGAUGACAUAAAUGAGUGCGAUGGUCCUCCUACCUGUAGCUCGAAUGCCAAAUGUAGUAACACUCUAGGAUCUUACACAUGCGCAUGCUUCGAAGGGUUCCGUGGAGAUGGGUCCCAGUGCACUGACAUCGAUGAAUGUGAAGAGAAUAUCCAUGACUGUGACAUUAAUGCUGAAUGUGCAAACACGAAUGGCAGUUUCAGUUGUGUGUGUAACACCGGGUACGAAGGAAAUGGAACCACGUGUUCAGAUAUCAACGAGUGUGAUACAAAUAGCACUACACAUGACUGCGAUGCUGUCGCCAUCUGUUCCAACGUGGUAGGGUCAUUUUUAUGUACUUGUGACAUGGGUUACAUUGACACGGGAGCUGGCAAAGAACGAGAUUGUCAAAAUAUUGAUGAAUGUACUGUAGGGAUUCACAAUUGCGACAUAAAUGCAGAAUGUAAUGACACUGUUGGAUCGUUUGGGUGUCAGUGUAACGACGGAUAUACAGGCACCGGUAUCAAUUGUGCAGACGAAAAUGAAUGCGACACCAAUGGCACCUGUCCGGAAGUAAAUACAAUGUGUAUGAAUACAGACGGAGGUUUCUUUUGUAGUUGCUCAGAAGGAUUUAGUAAUAUAUCUGGCAUAUGUACAGAGGCGUUAUCAUUGAAUCUUCCUGUGAUCUUCACCUAUAUUGGAGGCCUAGAGGUCGGACCAAACACCAAAUUGACCUUAACUCAGAAAAAUACUCUAGUUAAAGAUAUGUCGGAGUUACUCAAAACAACCAGUUUAUCCGCAGAUUUGCUUGACGUCAUGUUUAUGGAUUCUACCAAUAUCACAGAAGGAUUAUUGGUUGAAUUCCGCAUAGACUUAAGAAUCGAAUCAGGAACUAAUUAUACUCAGUUAGUAACUAUUUUCGAAUUAGCAACUGCGUUGAAUAAUGGGAGAGUGCCACCAGAUAAUGUUAUCUACGCGCCACCAGAUGUAGAACCACCUGUUUUGACAUGUGUAUCUGCUGUGACAGUCACAACGGAUCCUGGUAAAGCAACAGCUACAGUAGCUAUUACGUCACCUAGUGUAUUAGAUAAUUCUGAUGAAGACAUCGUUGCUACAAGCAGUCCGUCAAUUCCAGCAAGCCUUGCUAUAGGUGUACAUACAAUAAAUUUUACAGCUAUGGACUCAGCUGGAAAUUCCGGAUUUUGCAACGUCAUGGUAACUGUUAAAGAUGAAGAGACUCCUUCAUUAGUAUGUGCAGCAGAUUGGACAGUUUACAUUAACUUCGGUGAAGCAUCAACUCCUGUGGAUAUCCCUUCUCCCAGUGUAUUUGAUAACUCAGGUGAAACAGGCGAUGUUACAAGUGAACCAUCAAUCCCAUUAAAUCUCGGCAUUGGAACUCAUACAUUUACCUUUACAACUUCGGACCUGUCUGGCAAUACCGGGAAUUGCAGCGUAACUGUAUCUAUUGAAGCUGUAAAUAGAAUGGAAAUGAGAUUGACGUUUACUGGGGUGAACGGUCUUUCAGUUGCUUUUGGAAGUGAUUUACUAAAUGAAUUGUCUGACCGUUUCAUACUAUACCAAAGUUACCUGUGCUCUGCUAUAUCCUCUAUCGUCUCGGAUGUGUUGACAUGUCGGGUAAUAGAAUUUCGUGACGGAAGUAUUGAAGCAGACGUUGAACUUGGCUUUUCAGACCUAACUGUAGCUGGUAACGACGUUGAAUCCGAACUUAGAAAUGCAGCUGCCGGUGGCCUUCUUGUCACAGAAGAUAAUGUAACCCUCACGGUAGAUCCAUCGACUAUCCAUCUUAUUGGUGGUACAACGGUCCCAAUGCAAACAACAGAUGUCCCAGAAGAUGGUGGUGAUAAUGAAGCAACUACAGUUUUGGUCGUGGUUAUUGUCGUAGCUUGCGUUUUAAUAUUAUUCCUAAUAAUCAGCAGUAUUGCGUGUGUUGUGUAUCGAAAAAAACUUACUUACCGGGAUACGCUUAACAAAAAUCAAUACCAGACGUAUAGUGAUGGAAAAGUUGUACGAAACCCCUUCCAUUCCUUGCCACGCAAUAUGGUUACUGGAUCAGAUUCUAUGACGUCAGAAGAAAGUAUGAUGUAUCGCAUAUCUCACACGCUGAGAAAUUCGCAGAUGAUACCAGAGAGGGAGAGUAAUUUCACUCUCGGUACAGAUGAAUUUGUGAGACCAUACAUGGCCGAUGGAAGCGAGGAAAUGUCGGGCAACGAUGGAUACCGCCAGGAAUAUUAUUGAGCUUACAGUUAGUCAGGAAGAUGAUGUGAUCAGAGGAAGAAUAACAACAUAACGUUCAGACAACCGUAGACCCGUAUAUUAUAACUUUAGAAUACGUGAUUUACUCAGUAGUUGAAUAUUGUAGAAUUUUUCUUUUUAACUAAUAUUGGAGAUAUUAUCACAUCUAAUCUAUAGUAUAUUCAUGUGUCAUUCGAUUUCUCACUUUUAUUACAGUACUAUGCUUGUAAGGAAUAUUUUAUGAGAUAUGUAUAGAAAGUGAUGUCAUCAUUUUUAGCGUCUGUGUAUUUGCAUAAGACAAGCUUUGUGGCACAUGAUUUUCAUUGAAAAUUUUAAAGCUCUUGGUCAAUUUAUGUUUCUUUUCUCAAUAGUUUGCACUAUUUUUCUACAUCUUCUGUACUUUUUAAAACCAUGAAGGCGCAUUAUGCAAAGUAAAUAUUUUCAUAUUUCUAUUAAAAUUCGAAGCAUUAUUUCAUUAGAAUUUUUAUUUGAAAGAAUAUUUAAACCAAUUUUUUGUUGUCUUGACACUUAAAAUUGGUAUUGGUAUAAGACUAUUAAUUGAGCCGUUUUCAUUCUUUUUGGUUAUGUUCAAUGUGGAUUUUAUGGAAUACGCUAAUCCUGUCAACUUUGGCCAUUAGUCAAAGAUUUAUUUAUUUUCUUUUUCCUGUGAAGAAGUUCACAUGGGUCUUCAUUCAUAAUUUACAAAUCCUUAUUUUGUACUGUUUUGCAUUAUAGCAGAAUGAUCAUUUUAUAACAAUAUUUGAUCAUUCAUUGAUGGCACUACUGUAUGGAAAUAUAUACAUGCUUUGUUGUUUUAAUUCAUUUUGUUGAUUUUGUAUCAUAUAUUUGCUUAAAAAUUUACUUAAUAAUUCGGUUUUAGGUGUAUUAAACUAAAUUGUUAAACUCUUAUCGUCGUUAUAAUUGCUUGCCAUAUCCUCCUUUAAGGGAUCAAUUUUACAAUAAUUGUGUCAAUGCAUUUGAUUGAAACUAUUUUUAUCUCAAAGGUGUCUCUGUAAAAGUAUUACUUUUAGGUACACAUUUUUUAUUCGAGAAUUUUUUUUAAGACGAUGAAUAAUUUGAAUGGUUGGGCAUGAACUUUUUAAAUCAUGUUGUAGGCAAUUUACUUUUACAAAAAAAGAAAAAAAAUAGAAACAUAUUUAUAUACCGGUAAUUAUAUAUAACUAAUUUUUUAAUGUUGCAUUACCGUAGAUAACCACCAGUUUUCUCAAUGAUUCGAACUACAAUAAUCAACUAUUGUUCUAAAUAUUAUAGAGUACACCACAUAUAUCCAUCAAUCUAAACUGUCGUGUUAUAUACUCAUAAUAACCGCAUAUUAUAGAAUAUACCUUGUCUCAAUCAUAAAAUAUAGGCUACUAUACAUUAUUUCGU